AUGGCCCAAUCUUCGCAAUGCUAUCUUCCUCGCUUCGCUCCCGCGGUCGACGGGCCCAAACGUCCGGUUUCUAUGAAGACGAGACCGACCUCUUCGCAAUGUGCGCAGUUAUUAACCGCAUGGCACGAAGGGCGACUGGAAUCCAUCUUGCAGGCUACCUGGGCGCUGGUACUGCACUACUAUAUCCAAACCGAGGAUAUUAGCUUCGGUUAUCAACACAUCGACGGUGCCUCUAUGUCCUCUCGACACCCUGUACAGCGGUCGAAUGUCACCACCCCCGACCGCGAUAUGUCGGCUAUCCGGCUGGCAAUCGAUGAGAACGAAUCCAUCCAGGCAAUUGUAGAUAAAGUGCGAACCGGUGAUGGAAUCAAACAGCUCGGCGGUGCUUCUGAGGGCCAUUUGCCCUUCAACACCAUCUUGAUGCUGCGCACAUAUCGCAGGACGGAUGAUCCGUCUCCAUCCUCCAAGACAUUGCUGGCUAGUGCUCUACCAGACCAGUGCCAAGUUCGUCUGCAUGUAAAGGUGUUGCGCCGGGAUAUUAACAUCUUCCUGGAAUGGCGAAAUGGUGAUAUGUCUGGAGAUCAAAUGAAAAGUGUGGCCCACAUCUUUGAGCAAUUGCUCGCUAAAGUCCUUUCUUCCGAGAACCCCGCUAUUAGCCAGCUUAAUUUAUUCUCGGAGAAUGACUGGCAGCGCAUUCGCAAGUGGACAUCCGAUAUCCCUCAAACAUACGACGGCUGCAUCCACGAUGCCAUUCGUGAACAAGCACUUUCCGGACCGGACAGAGAGGCAGUAUGCGCUUGGGAUGGCAGCUUCACAUAUGCCGAACUGGACGCGUUGGCGUCGAAGCUGGCUUGUCACCUGCGUAUGCAGGGCGUUGGCCCAGAAGUGCGCGUGGCACUGCUAUUUGAUAAAUCGAAAUGGAAUUUAGUGGCGAUGCUUGGCGUGAUGAAGGCGGGCGGUGCGUUUGUCCCAUUGGAUCCAGCUCAUCCACCUUCGCGCCUCCAACGGUUGAUCGACUCUGUCAAGGCCGAAGUCGCCCUGUGUUCGCAGGGCCGUGCAGAUGCACUUCGUCCCAUUGCGAAGACUUUGAUUCCCAUCUGCAGCGAUACCCUGGAUGCACUGCCCGCGCCCGUCGACGGAAUUGAUCUCGCAUCGGGCGUCACUGGCCAAAAUGCCGCUUACGUUUUGUUUACUUCUGGAUCCACUGGAGAGCCGAAGGGCACCCUCCUGGAACAUCGGGCCUUCCUAUCGAGCUCCCUGGCUCACGGCGCUGGUCUCUGCGUUUUUCGCGACACUCGCGCCUUGCAAUUCGCCGCACACACGUUUGACGCCAGUUUGGCAGAGUCGCUUACUCCUCUGAUCCACGGUGCCUGCGUCUGCAUUCCGAGCGAGGAAGACCGAUUAAAUGAUAUUGUCCGUUUCAUCAAUGAAAAGCGGGUCGACCAGGCCUGCUUCACCCCGUCUUUUGUCGGCUUUAUUGAAAUCGACAGCGUGCCAGGGUUGAAGUCUUUGGUUCUGGCUGGUGAGGCCAUGUCCCAGUCACAACUGGCAACAUGGUCCAGAAUCAGACUGGUCAAUGGCUAUGGACCGACGGAGGCCAGCGUCGCGUCCGUGCUGAACACCAAUGUCGCACCGAACGCCGACUGCAAGGAUAUCGGUCUACCUGUUGGUGUCCGCGCAUGGCUGGUAAAUCCUGAAAACCACGACCAACUCGUCCCUAUCGGCUGCCCUGGUGAAUUGCUGCUCGAGGGACCGACUCUCGCUCGAUGCUACGUCAACAACCCACAAAAGACCAACGAAUCCUUUAUCUACGACCCAUCCUGGACCAAAUUCGACGCUGGAGGAGGGACAAAUCGCAGGUUUUACAAAACUGGAGAUUUGGUGAGAUACAACUCAGACACGGGUGCUCUGAAUUACAUCGGUCGGAAAGAUACUCAGGUGAAGGUCCACGGCCAGCGGGUUGAGCUGGGUGAAGUUGAGAACCAGUUGAACAAGGAAAACAGCGUGACGCACUGCUCCGUUCUUUUUCCUAAGGCUGGUUUCUGCAAGGGCCGUCUUGCAGCUGUGAUUUCUUCUGCAGGACUUCUAGCGGAACAAUCCGAUGCGGACCUAGAGCCUCUGCGACUGCUUCCUUCACCGGAGAAAGCUAAGAUCGUCCCUGGUAUCCGAGAGAGCUUGUCGGGUCGACUCCCGACUUACAUGGUACCUGCAGUGUGGCUUUGUGUGGAAGCAUUGCCCCUUCUUCCGUCCGGAAAACUCGAUCGGAAGGGUAUUGCAACUUGGGUUUCCGGAAUGGAGAACGAUCCAGACGUUGGAACGGCUGGAAAUGGUGUUGUCCUUGAGGCUGAAAUGUCUCAACCUGCAAAUGAAAUUGAAGAGACUCUCACUGCUGUUUACAGUCGUGUCCUCAACAUCCCUCAGAACCACGUCAGCCUGACUGAGAGCUUCUUGGCUCUCGGUGGCGAUUCUAUUGCUGCUAUGACCUGUAUUGGUCUGUGUAAGAAACGUGGUGUUGGUCUUUCCGUCCAAGAUGUGCUCCGCAGCAAGUCGAUCCAAGACUUGGCUACGCGUGCGAAGGCGAUUGAUCACACGACAUCUUAUAAGGAGGCAGUAGAUGAGCCGUUUGAUCUCUCCCCCAUCCAGAUACUCCACUUUGGUCUCCGAAAGGAAGGCCAGGGUCACUUUAACCAAGGCAUUCUCACACGCCUCAGCAAACCUCUUGAUGAGCGCACCCUUCGCAAGGCGAUCGAAACCCUCGUUUCGCGACACUCCAUGCUUCGCGCAAAAUUCGAAAACACGGGCUGGUCGACAGCUUCGAGUCAGAGGAUUACUCGAGACGUCAAGGGCUCAUUCAGGUUGCGGAGCAACACCGUACGCACCAUGGAAGACAUCAAGCCCCAUGUCGCUGACAGCCAGUCUUGCAUUAAUUGUUUCUCGGGACCCCUCCUGGCUAUUGAUUACUUCCGCUUCAAGGAAAAGCAACAGCAACAUGUACUCUCUAUGACCGCCCAUCACUUGGUCGUUGACAUUGUCUCUUGGAGAAUUAUUCUAGAAGAUCUGGAGGAUAUCAUCAAAAACCCUGGAAAAACCACAAGUGAGGAUGCGUCACUUCCAUUCCAAACCUGGUCCAAGCUACAGAUCCAGCACUCGAAGGAUAUGGUCGCCGAGGGCAAAGUCUCGAAGGAUCCUCUACCUGCCCCAGACUUUGGCUACUGGGGCUUGAAGACCCAUCAAACCACAUAUGGUGAUGUUGAUUGUGCUUCUUUCGAGAUCGAUGCCGUACACACCAACGCAAUCCUUCUUGAGUGCCAUAAGGCCCUGGCCACUGAGCCAAUCGACCUUUUUCUAGCAUCCAUGCUUCACUCAUUUGGACAGUCCUUCACCGAUCGAUCCCUACCAACCAUCUUCAAUGAGGGACACGGACGUGAGGUUUGGGAUCCUUCCAUGGACAUUUCUCACACCGUCGGCUGGUUCACUAUCUUGCACCCCAUCUUCGUCAACGGCUACCAAUCGGACAAUGCGAUCGACACUUUGAUCAAAGUAAAGGACUUGCGUCGCCAUGUCUCCGACAAUGGUCGCGCAGACUUCGCGACCGGCGUCCUCCCCAUCGAAGGCAAGCGGCCUGGUACCUAUCCGCACCCGUUCGAGAUCUCAUUCAACUAUGUUGGCCAGCACCGUGACUUGCAGCGUCAGGAUGGCCUCUUUCAGCUCGUUGAUCAGAUGGCUGGUGAGACUGGUCAAGGAAGUGGUGAUGCAGACUUCGGUCGCGACACCCCUCGCUUCGGUCUUUUCGAGAUCUCCGCGAUGGUCGUUGGUGGCAAGAUCCGGUUUACAUUCUCUUUCAACAAGUUUAUGCAGCACCAAGAUCGUAUCCAUACCUGGGUUGCCAACUGUCAGAAGCAGCUUGUAUCCUUCUCUGAGAAGUUGACUUCUAUGUCUCCGCGUCUGACGUUGAGCUCUUUCCCGAUGUUGUCUCUCAACUAUGACAGCCUCGACAAGAUGAUCAACCAGAAGCUCCCCGCGAUCGGAGUGAGAAACAUAGAUAUGAUUGAAGAUAUCUACCCUUGUUCCCGAAUGCAGCAAGGUAUUCUCCUUGGUCAGACCCGGGACAGCUCUUACUAUGCCGUCCACGAUACCUUCGAAGUCCGUGGCACUGGCUCCACACAGCCGAAUCUUGAUCGCCUUGUGGAAGCCUGGAAGCAAGUUGCUUCACACCAUGCCAUGCUACGUACUAUAUUUGUUGAGAAUCUCACUCCUCACGAUGCCUUCUCCCAGGUUGUCUUGAAGGAGUAUGAUGCUAGCCCCGUCUGCCUACAAUCCUCCGGAGAUAGUGACAUUUUUGCAACCUUUGAUGCGCAGGAGCCCAAGAACUACCGUGAGCGUACCCCUGCGUAUCGCUUUAGCAUCUGUCACACCUCAACUGGCCGCAUCUUCUGCCGGAUUGAACUGAGCCAUGCUGCCAUGGAUGGAAACUCAAUCUCCAUCAUUCUUCGAGAUCUACAACUCGCGUAUGUUGGAAGACUAGAGGAAACUCGACGCCCGCUGUUCAAAGACUACAUGGGCUACCUUCUCGACGCGCCCAGCGAUGCAAGCAUUAAAUACUGGCGCUCAUAUCUCUUGGACGCGAAGCCUUGUCUGUUCCCCGUUCUCACCGAUGGCCAAACCCCCCAAGAGAAGGCUCUCCGCGCUAUCCCUGUCAACUUUGGAUCUCUGCCGCGGCUCCAAAGCGUGUGUGAGAAGAAGGGAAUUACACUCGCCAAUGUUUUCAAUGCAGCCUGGGGCCUCACCCUCCGUUACUUCACUGCCUCCGACGAUGUUAGUUUCAGCUACAUGGCUUCGCUAAGAGAUGUCCCUGCGGAUGGCGUCCAGUCUGUUGUUGGCCCGGUGAUCAACCUCAUGGCUUGCCGCAUGAAGUUUUCUGGCACUUCGGUAUUGCGUGAUGUGUUAGAGAAGGUCCAGGAUGAUUAUAUGGACAGCUUGCCAUACCGACACACCUCACUCAUUGACAUUCAACAUGCUCUGAAGCUUUCUGAUACCAACUUGUUCAACUCGGGUGUUUCCUACCGCCGUCUACCUGACGCGAAGGAUGCUGUAAGUAGUGAUAUCGAGUGUAUCGAAGUCGGUUCCAUUCACGACCCAGCCGAAUUCCCAGUCUUCAUCAACAUUGAAGCUAUGGACGCAAAGGCUAGUAUCGACCUAAACUACUGGACUACAAACCUCUCCGAUGCGCAGGCCACAAAUGUCGCCAACACAUACGUUCGCUGCCUCGAGAGUAUUAUGACACAAGCGGAUAGCGAAAUCCGCGAACUUGAUAAUCUCAGUGAUAGCAACAAGACUGAUAUUGCCAGUUGGAACAGCAAGAACCCACAGGCUGUUGAGAUUUGUGUUCACCAGGUCGUUCAGGAUAUGGCCAAGAAACGGCCCGAUGCUCUUGCCGUCACUGCUUGGGAUGGAAAUCUGACUUACUCCAAGCUCGACCAGUUCUCUUCUCGCCUGGCAAGUUAUCUGGUCACUUUCGGUGUGGGGCCCGGUAGUCUUAUUCCAACAUCCUUCCCGAAGUCCGUUUGGAAUAUUGUUUCCUUACUAGCGGUGAUGAAGGCUGGUGGUGGUUGCAUCCCUGUUGAGAAUUCGAAAACUUUGAGCCUCAUCGAGAAACAUGUUCAAGAAAACGUGAUUCAGGUUGCCCUUGCAUCCCCUGAGAAGGCACAGGUUCUCGAGGAGGUGAUCCCUUAUGUGGUACCAGUCAGCGAGUCUCUCCUCGAAUAUCUCGGGGAUGAGCCUUUGUUGUCUAUGGCCUGUUAUUCGGACCCCGCUUAUGUAUCAUUCACUGCUGGAUCAUCUGGAGCCCCGAAGGGAGUUGUUCUUGAGCACGCUACUGUCAUAACUCGAGCUGAAGCAUUCGCCGCCUCACUCAAACUCAAUAACGCCUCGCGCACAUUCCAAUUCGCGACUCACUCGUCCGAUCUUUUCUUGCUCGAGAUCUUUGGUACCUUUAUGCGCGGAGGUUGUGUUUGCAUUCCAGCAGACAUUGAUCCUUCCAAGUUGGCUGCCUCCAUCAAUGUUCUUCACGCCAAUGUUUCCUGCUUGACCCCAAGUGUUGCGGAAUUUAUGACCCCGAGAGAUGUUCCCGGCCUCAAGACUGCAGCAAUCGUCGGAGAACUUGCGACCAGUACUCUUUUGGACAACUGGCAUUCUGAUGACGUCCAGCUGCAUGUUCUGUUCGGAACUACGGAGUCAUCCUCUGCAGCAUGCCUCGCUCCGAUCACACAGGGUUGCAAGGAAAGCACCAUUGGUCGUCCCGCAUCCUGUAUCUCCUGGGUUGUCGACCCCGCUAACCAUCAUGCCCUUGUCCCUGUCGGUGCUAUCGGUGAAUUGGUUAUUGAAGGUCCUGUGAUUGCCUCCAAGUACCUGGCAAACGGAGGUCAUGAUUGCGAAGCCUUUUUUGAGAAACCAUCAUGGCUUUCUGCCUUCGGACGUGACUCGCACGAGUUCACGGAGACAAGAAAGUUCUUCAAGACUGGGGAUCUUGUUCGUUACAAUGGUGAUGGUUCCCUUGUGCACCUUGGCCGCAAGGACAAUGCUCAGGAAAUUUCGAUGUCAUCUGACUUACGCCGUGUCCAGCAAUCCCUUGUGGGAUACUUGGGCUCCAAGAGAAAGGCUCUGGUGGAUACGAUAAAAUUGCCCGGGGAUACAAACAGCUCCAUCGUGGCAUUCAUCGGCUCCUCAGCCCCCACUGCCGCAUCAUUCAACGAGCGAGUUAUUCAAAGUUCGUCUUCGGACCUGACGACAACCAUUUCCGCUAUCCACGCGCAUUUGACCAGCCGAUUCCCAGCUAACAAGGUUCCGAGUUGCUACAUCCCUAUUUCGACAGUCCCUCUCACCUCUCUUGGAAAGCUAAACUUGCAGGGCCUCAAUGCCGAAAUUAACUCCCUCUCCGCCAGUGUUCUGCGAACCUUCAACGUUGAACGAUGGACUGGAUUGAAGUCAUCUAACCGCCACUCCCGCCAGUCGUCCCUUUCAGGAACCUCCCUUGCUUUCUGGAAAGAAUACCUGGCAGAUAUCGAGCCAUGCAACUUCCCCUCUAUGUCUCUUGACACUACUAGCCCCGGUCGUUCGACUCGUACCCUUAACAAACAGACUCAGAAGUUACAUGCCUUUAGCAAAAUGUCUGGUGUCUCCGUCGAGACUCUGUUCCAGUUUGCUUGGGGUCUGGUUCUCCGUUGCUACACUGGCUGCAUUGAUGUCUGCUUCGGAUUCUCCUCUGCCAAUUCCGACGAUCUCGCAGUGUCUAUUUGCCGCCUCGUGCUCACCAACGAGCGCAAGGUGGAGGAGUCAUUGCAGCACUCCAAGGCCCAAUUCGACAAGGGUCUCCAAAACUUCGCAGACCUAGCUACUGUCAACCAUCAUCUUGGCUUCGAAAACACGAGUAUUUUCAACACUCUCCUCACAUUCCCGGAGGUGAGCAGCGCUGUUGCCGAAAUCCAUUUCAUCUAUUCUUCGGACAUCCUUUCCUCCAGCCAAGUUACUCAUGUCAUCGAUGCCUUCGACCACUUCCUCAAUGAUGUUAUGUCUUCUAAUCCUCGCUAUCGUCUCAUUGGUGAUCUUGAUCUCUUCCCUCAGCGCUCUUGCAGACAAAUUCGCGACUGGAACGCCGUCCUUCCUCCACGCGUUGAGAAAUGUGCCGACGAGCUUAUCCAGCAACAGGCCCUGCUACACCCCCGCGCCGAGGCUAUUUGCUCCUGGGAUAAAAACUUCACCUAUGGCCAAGUUGAGAUUGUUUCCAGCCGCCUUGCACGCUUCUUGACGGGAUUAGGCGUUAAACCCGACGUUUUCGUUGUUCUAUGUUUCGAAAAGUCUGCUUGGGCUGUUGUAGCCCAGCUGGCUAUUCUCAAGGCCGGCGGUGCAUUCGUCUCAAUCGACCCUACCCACCCCGACUCCCGUCUUCAAAUGUUGAUCGAGGAGAUUGGUGCAGACCUAGUACUCUGUUCGGCCACUCUCCAGUCAAAAAUGGCUAAGCUUUGCAAGAAGGCAUUUGCUGUUUCACAGAGCUCAAUUUCUCAGCUGCCCGAAUCCCCCCUUGCUCUGCCUGGUACUCGGCCUGCACCGAGUAGCGCAGCUUAUGCUAUCUUCACUUCGGGUACCACUGGCAAGCCGAAGGCCACUGUGGUUGAACACGUCGCCCUCAGUACAACUGCUAUUGCCAUGACUGAUGCUCUCCACAUGAACUCUAAAACACGCUCGCUUCAAUUCUCCAACUAUACUUUCGAUGUGAGCAUCCUCGAGAUCAUGAUGACUCUGAUGACAGGUGGCUGUGUUUGUGUCCCCAGCGAAGAAGAACGCAUGAACAACCUGGGAGGUGCGAUUCGUCGUAUGGAAGCCAACUACAUGGCAUCACCACCGGCCAUUGUCAACACCCUCGAGCCAAAGAGUGUUCCUACCUUGAAGACGAUCAUCACUGGCGGUGAAAAGAUGCCCGCCAACCACAUCGAUCGCUGGAACGACCGCUUCGUCAUUAACGCGUAUGGUCCUUCAGAGGCUACUGUCGUUGCGACAGUCGGUGUCAAGGUCGAUUGGGAGGGCAACCGUGUGAACAAUGACCCUACCUCCAUUGGACAUGCCGCCAACUGCCGAGUUUGGAUCGUCGAUCCUAAUAACUACAAUCGCCUCCUCCCCGUUGGCGCUGUUGGAGAGAUGCUUUUGGAAGGAAGCAACAUUGCUCGCGAGUACCUUGGAAAUGCCGAGAAGACGAAGGCAGCUUUCGUUGACGAUCCAACUUGGAGCCACCACCCUGGCCUCCUAGGUCUCUUCAAGCGCAAGGAUCGCAUGUACCGCACUGGUGAUCUGGUUCGGUACAACAGCGAUGGGAGUCUGGCUUUUAUCUCUCGAAAGGAUACUCAAAUUAAAUUCAAUGGCCAGCGUAUCGAGCUUGAAGAGAUUGAACACCAAUGUCUCCGAGCCCUUCCAAAUGGAUCUCAAGUUGCCGUUGAUGUUGUCGUUCCCCAGGAACGCACUGUCGCAAAGGGUCUUGCUGCCUUCUUCACAGUUCAUGACCCUGAUUCUGUGGAAGGUGGAACCAGUGAUGAUUUUGCACCCACAAUCCCCGGUGUUGAUCCUCUUCUUUUGCCCAUCUCUGUUUCCAAUAUGGAUGCCAUUCAGAAGCUGAAGAGCUCCCUUCCCGAUCUUCUUCCGCAAAGUAUGAUGCCACGCCUGUUUUUUCCCUUACGGAACCUUCCUUUCACCUCCUCCGCCAAGAUUGAUCGCCGCCGCCUUCGUGCGAUGGUUCAGACAUUGUCCAAAGAUGUUUUGAAGUCAUACAUCACAUUCAAUUCCGUCUCAACAAAAGAGGAGACUUCUACAGAUGGCAUUGAUGCUAAGCUGCGCUCUUUGUGGGAGAAGAUCCUAGACCUUGAAACCGGCUCAGUAACGAAUGACGAUAGCUUCUUUGCCCUUGGUGGUGAUUCAUUCUCUGCCAUGAAUCUCGUUGGUGCUGCUCAAGCUUUGGGAAUCUCUCUUAAUGUGGCCACUAUUUUUAACACCCCUGUCCUGAUCGAGAUGGCGCACAGCUGUUCGGAGUCCCAAGAGGCACCGGCUCCUAAGAAGGCCACCCUGAAGCCAUUCUCACUGCUGCCGUCUUCGGUAGAUGCAGAAAGCAUCAUGGAAGAAGUUAUUGACAACUGUGGUGUUCCUAAGUCGUCUAUUUGUGAUAUUUAUCCCUGCUCUGCAGUCCAGGAAGGCCUGUUGACACUAUCCUUGAAGCAUGCGGGUGCCUAUGUUGCCCAACCUGUCUUCCGUCUCGCCGACGGCACAGACCUUGACAAAUUCAAAUCUGCCUGGCAGCAGACGGUGUUCGAUCUUGAAAUCUUACGCACGCGAGUUGUGCAUACCGAGGCCAUGAACUUCGCACAGGCGGUUUUGGAUAACCAGCCCAUCUCUUGGGCCCACGCGGAGUCAUUCGAAGCUCUGCCGAGUGAUACAACUGAACUACCAAAGCAAAAUGGUGCGCCUCUCACCGGUUAUGCGAUUGUCCAACCCCGUGGAUCUUCCACUCGCUACUUCGUCUGGUCGGUUCACCACGCACUCUACGAUGGAUGGAGUAUUCCGCUUGUCUGGAAGAAGGUCGAGGAGAACUACAGGAGCUCUAAAAACAAAGCUUCGGGCACAUCCUACGGUCUUUUCAUUGAGUAUCUCACCAAGAAGGACAUGGAAAAGUCCGAUGCCUUCUGGAAGUCUUAUCUCAAGGACCUGUCUAGUACUCCCUUUCCCCAGAACAAGAAUUCUGUUCCCGAUGCUAUCCGUGCUGGUAACACCCAGUACCUCACUUUGAAUAUCUCGCGGCCUGCCAACGGCGUUGAGUUUACUCUACCUGUCUUGCUUCGUGCCGCCUGGGCUAUCGUCGUCGCUAACCACACCGCAUCUGGAGAUGUGUGCUUUGGCGAGACCCUGUCAGGUCGCAACAUUGAUCUUCCUGGUGUUGGCGAGAUCGCUGGCCCUGUUCUUUCAACCGUUCCUACGCGCGUGCAAGUCGACAACGAAAUGACAAUCAUCCAGUAUCUUGAUCAGAUCAACAAGUCAACUACUGAGAUGAUUCCCCACCUUCACGCAGGCCUGCAACACAUUCGUCAGCUUAAUAAGGACACAUCCACUGGUUGCAACUUCCAGAACCUGCUUGUUAUUCAGUCUGGCGAGCCUGAACUAGACAGCUCAAUUUGGGUUGACGAGAAGCGUGAGACAAGCGAAGACUUCUUCACUCACCCCCUUGUUCUUGAAUGCUCGAUCUCGAAGUCAAAUAUUUCUUUCACCGUUCAUCAUGAUGAACUUGUCAUCAAUGCGUGGCAGACCAAGCACAUCACAGAGCAGCUGGGCCACGUUAUGAAGCAACUUUUGUCUGUCCCUAAGACCACGACUAGCAAGUUGGUUGACUUGGAAGUUGUUAGCCCAGAAGACAAGGCUGAGAUCGCUGAGUGGAACAAGCGUGAUAUUUCCCCAGUCGAGCGUUGCGUCCAGGAAUUCAUUUUGGAAAAAUCUAUCGAAACCCCCAAUGCUCCUGCUGUGUGCGCUUGGGAUGGACAGCUUACUUAUCGUGAGUUCUGGGAUCUGGCCUCCUCUUUUUCAAACUACCUCAUCGGUCGUGGUGUCGGCCCCGAAGUAUUUGUUCCCGUCUGCCUCGACAAGUCUGCUUGGGCUAUGGUUACUCUAAUCAGUAUUCUGAUUGCUGGUGGUGCUUACGUUCCACUGGACCCCCACCACCCUACCUCUCGACACGAGGAGAUCCUCGCAGAUGUUGGUGCGAAUAUGAUCCUGUGUACUCCUAACUACACCAGCCGCUACAAUCGUGUUGUCAAGACUGUCAUCCCAAUCAGCAAAGAGACUAUCAAAGCCUAUGGCUCCCUCAACUCGUCUUCAACCCGCCCCCGUUCCCAAGUGACAGCUUCCAACAUGGCUUACGCCCUGUUCACCUCUGGCAGUACCGGACGUGCUAAGGGUAUCGUCGUCGAGCACCGCAAUGUUGUCAGCAGUAUCAUGGCGUUUGGCCCAAUGAUGUACAUGGGACCAAAGGCAAGAGUGUUCCAGUUUGCCUCUCUGACCUUUGAUGCUGCCAUCAUGGAAACCCUCGCCAUCCUGAUGCUUGGCGGCUGCAUUUGUGUCCCUAGCGAAGAUGAGCGACUCAACGAUAUUGCGGGUGCCAUCCGUCGCCUGAAUGUCACCUGGAGUUUCCUCACUCCGUCUAUUGCGAGCAUCAUUGAGCCGUCUUCCGUCCCCUCUCUGGAGGUCCUUGCUGUUGGUGGCGAGAAGAUGUCACAAGAGGUCAUUACCCGGUGGUCUCAUGUUCUCAAAUUGAUGAAUGGAUACGGUCCGACCGAAACAUGUGUGUUCGCAGUUGUUGACACUGCCGUCGCAGUCAAUCGCGAUCCUGCUCGGAUCGGAUACGGUAUUCCGAGCACCCUAACCUGGAUUGUGGACGCUGAAAACCCGAACAAAUUAGCUCCUCUUGGUGCAGUCGGCGAACUUGCCCUCGAGGGCCCUGCUCUUGCCCGGGAGUACUUGAAGAACCCUCAGAAAAAUGCCGAAGCAUUCAUCAACGAUCCUACCUGGACGAAAGAAUUCAAGUCUUCCAUCCCGUCCCCCCGCAGAAUCUACUUGACCGGUGACCUUUGUUACUACAACCCUGAUGGUUCCAUCGAGUACAUAAGCCGCAAGGACCACCAGGUUAAGCUCCACGGCCAGCGCAUGGAACUCGGGGAGAUUGAGCACAGACUGCAUGAAGACCCACUGGUUCGCCAUGCCGUUGUUAUCUUGCCCAAGAACGGACCCCUCAAGCAGCGUCUUGUAACUGUCAUGUCGCUCAACAAGAUUGCCUCGGAUAACAAGCUUAUAUCCGAUAAGGCAUGUGAGCUUGUGGAGGAAAGUGAGUUUAACAACCAGGGUCUUGGCGGCCUCGUGGAGGUCCAGAAGAAGCUUGAGGCACAGCUUCCAAUCUACAUGGUACCCCAAACCUGGGCUCUCAUCAAGAAGCUUCCCAUGCUUGUUUCCGGCAAGCUUGAUCGCAAGAAGAUCACCGCCUGGUUGGAAGAUAUCGAUGACAACUCCUAUGAGCGUAUUAUGCAAGACUUCGAUCGCAUGAAGCGCGGUGCGCCAGAGAAGCCCCAGGAACAGGAACAUGAUGGAUCCUUGAAGAUUGUUCGUGAGAUAUUCGCCCAGGUCCUCAAUCUUUCGCUGCAGAAAGUCAACGUCGACCGAUCUUUUGUCAGCCUAGGCGGCGACAGUAUUACCGGCAUGGCGGUGAUCUCCAGAGCUCGAAAGCAGGGCUUGACUGUGACGCUCAAUGACAUCUUGCAAAGCCGAUCAGUCAAAGAGCUUGCUCAGACUGCCAGUGCCAAGGCACCAGCCAAGGCUUUGCGCGAGGAGAAAACUGGAGAAAGCUUCGCCCUCUCUCCCGUUCAAAGGCUCUAUAUUCAGUCUACCAACUCUUACAAGGGAGCAGCUCGUUUCAACCAAAGUAUCACUGUCCGUGUCUCUCGUCGUGUCGAAGGGGAGGUCCUUCGCCGUGCUAUCAAGGCUGUUAGCUCCCAACAUUCCAUGUUCCGCGCCCGGUUCAGCAAGACUGGUGCUGGAAGCUGGCAACAAAAAUCGUCAACUGAGGUUGAUGAGUCUUAUCGAUUCCGCGUUCACUCUGUCAGCGACACACGCGCCAUGGUCCCCAAAAUUGCCGAAAGCCAGUCGUGCCUCGACCCCCUCAAUGGACCAAUUUUCGCCGCUGAUUUGUUCAAUCUCCGCAAUGGUGGCCAAGUUCUUUUCCUCGUGGCUCAUCAUCUGUGUGUUGACAUGGUCUCUUGGCGUAUCAUUCUCCAAGAUCUUGAAGAGCUUGUUGUGUCCGGCUCGCUAUCUGAUGACAAGGCCUUGUCCUUCCAGAGCUGGUGUGCUAUGCAACUUGAGCGAGCGAAGAUUCAUGAUGCUGGUGUGACCUUGCCCUUCACUCCUGAGCAGCCAAAUCUCACCUACUGGGGCAUGGAAGAUUCCACCAACCUCUAUGGGGAUCUCAAAAUGGAGUCCUUCACACUCAACGAAGAUGUGACCAACUUUAUUCUUGAGGGCUGCCACGAAACCUUUGGAACGGAUACCGUUGACAUUCUUCUUGCCGCUAUUGUGCAAUCUUUCAGCCGCACAUUCACUGACCGCAAGCUUCCCACCAUCUACAAUGAAGGCCAUGGCCGUGAGCCCUGGGAUGCCAGCAUUGAUCUUUCCCGCACAGUUGGUUGGUUUACAACCAUGGCCCCUCUGCUCGUUGAGGGCCGGGAUGGCACUCUCACGGACACCAUCAAGCGAGUCAAAGAUACUCGUCGCAAGAUCACUGACAAUGGGCGACCUUUCUUCGCAAGGAGCCUCUUGGCUUCCGACCAGGAAAGCAACGAGAGUGCCUUCCAGGUUCCUUUUGAAAUCUUGUUCAAUUACCUGGGCAAGCUCCAGCAGCUUGAACGCAACGACUCACUCUUCCGGCACCAAGGUAGUGUUUUCGACAGCUCCGACUUCGCUGUUGCCGGCGACAUGGGUCCUGACACUGCCCGCUUCGCGUUGUUUGAACUUUCCGCCAUUGUGGUGAAGGAUCGUUUGACUGUCUCUUUCGCCUAUAACCGCCGUACUCAGCGCGAGGGACAGAUCCGACGCUGGAUUUUGCAAUGCAAACAAACCUUAGAAAAGGACCUUUCCACUCUGAAGAAUGUCCCCGCCGAGCCUACCCUUAGCGACUUCCCACUUCUUCCGAUCAGUUACCAAGGCUUGCAGAUCCUAACAAAUAACACUUUCCGCAAGCUCGGAAUCCGGAGCAAGACAGAGGUUCAUGACAUCUAUCCCUGCUCCCCGAUGCAGGAGGGUCUCCUACUAAGUCAACUUCGUGACCCGAGUGCCUAUAUGUUCCACACUAUUUUCGAGAUCAAAGAUGCCCGCGCUGGCAAGGUCGACGCGGAGAGACUUGCCCGCUCCUGGAACAUGCUUGUGGAUCGUCACCCUGUCCUCCGGACCAUUUUUAUUGAUAGCAAUUACAGCGGCGGUUCCUUCGAUCAAUUGGUUCUUGCCAACCUCAAGGAUAAUGUUCUUCGGGUAGAAUGCCCUGACUCUCAGGUUGAGGAAAAGCUGGCAGCUAUUUCCCUUCGUGAUGCGAAUGCCAUGCGUCCUGCCAAGCUUUCUCACCAGUUGACUGUCUGCAAGGUAACGAGUGGACGUGUCCUCGUCAAACUCGAAAUCAACCACGCUAUUAUCGAUGGUGGCGGUGUUGAUGUCCUGCUACGUGACCUCACCAUGGCCUAUGAUCGCAAGCUUGCAGAAGGCCCUGGGCCUCGUUUCAGCGACUACAUCAAGUAUAUCCGAACUCAGAGCCAAGUUGAAGCACUUGACCAUUGGAAGAAGUAUCUCGGUGGCGUUCGUCCAUGCCACCUUUCCCCUUCUGCCGGCUUCCAGACCCAACGGGAGCUGAAGGGUAUCUUGAUGGAUUUCAACCGCUAUCCCGAACUGCUAAAAUUCUGUGAGGAUGCUUCGGUUACCUUGGCAAACCUCACAUUGACUGCCUGGGCUAUUGUCCUUAGACAGUUUACCUCAUCCGAUGAUGUUUGUUUCGGAUAUCUGUCGGCCGGUCGCGACGCGCCCGUCAACGGUAUCCAAGACAUGGUCGGUAUUUUUAUCAACAUGCUUUGCUGCCGUGUGAAAUUCUCUUCGCACCAGUCCCUUUCGGAUAUAUCCAAGCAGGUGAAUGGUGAUUACAUUGCCAGCAUUCCCCAUCAAAGCUGCUCCCUUGCUAGUAUCCAGCACGAGCUGGGGUGGCAGGGACAGUCUCUCUUCAACACAACCCUCUCCAUCCAGAACCACACCGUUGCCGGCGGCUCGAAGGAGAAGGGUCUAUCGUUCAAUCUACAGCAUGCCCACGAUCCUAGCGAGUACGCUGUCACUGUAAAUGUCGACAUUUCUCGCGGAGGCGAGGGUAUCAUGCUCCGCUACUGGAAUGAUGUUGUCUCGGAUGAUCAAGCGCAAUCCCUUGUCGAUUCGAUUGCCAAGGUCUUCGCCGGUUUUAUCGAGUCGCCAUCAGAGUCAAUCUCGGCCGCCAAACUCGACGACCAGGCUCUGACUGAACAGCCAUCUGAAUGGAGCAGCUCCCAGACAUCUGUCAGCGAGAGAGCCAAGACCAACAGGAAGAGCCUGGACGGAACAGCAAUUCAGAAGAUUAUCGAUGACCGUGUCCACGAAAUAAUCGGUCAAAUGCUGAGGGAUGGGAAGUUGAUGGUGCCAGGAAUGGCGACAGAUAGUCUUUCCGGCUACGGUCAUCCUGACUCUGUUGGUUCUCCCUUCCAGCUAGAAGGACUUCAGGGUGAAGCGGAUGACUCUGGUGUCUGCUCUGCAACCUCGCGCUCCAGUCAAGACGUAAUGUCCGCAGACGUUGAGCGAAAACUUUGGAGUCUGUGGAGCACUGCUCUUGGUCUGUCACCCAAUGUGGUGCGACACCAGGAUAGCUUCUUCAAGCUCGGUGGCGAUAGUAUUACUGCAAUGAAAAUGGUCAGCGCCGCUCGCGAGGAUGGCUUAGUCCUGACUGUUGCCGAUGUCUUCAACAACCCCGUUUUUGAAGACAUGCUUGCCACCGUUCGCGCUGCCAAUGUCACACAGCAGAUGCUCAAUGCCGAUCUGAAGCCAGUUCACAAGGAGGUUGAUUCAUUCCCCGACACCACACCCACCCCUCUGGCACAAACACCUUCUUCUGAAAGCAUCUCAGUCCUCCGCCCUUCCAAGACUGUUGAUGAUGCGUCGGUCCAGAGCGGCAUUUGCCCCAAGAUUGGUGUCUUCAAAGGCGGAAUUGCAGAUGUUCUGCCUGUCACUGACUUCCAAGCCAUGUCCCUCACUGCGACGCUGUUCAAGUCGCGAUGGAUGUUAAACUAUUUCUUCUUGGAAGGCAAUGGACCAUUGGAUCUCCGCCGUCUCCGCGAGAGCUGUCUCAAGGUCGUCGACGCGUUCGACAUCCUGCGUACUGUUUUCGUUUGCUUCCACGACCAGUUCUUCCAAGUCGUCCUUCGCAAGAUUCGCCCCAGUAUCUUCGUCUAUGAGACUGACCGUGGACUCGACGAAUUUACCUCCACGCUUCAGCAGCGCGACCGUGAAUACGGUCCGAGAGAGGGUGAGCAAUACGUGCAGUUCUACGUUGUCAAGAAGAAGGAAAGCGAUCAACACCGCAUCAUGAUCCGUCUCUCUCACACGCAAUACGAUGGAGUCUGCUUGUCCAAGAUCAUGUCUGCCAUCAAGUUCGGCUACGAAGGCAGCCCUCUUCCUCCAGUCACGCCUUACGCCAGCUAUCUCCGCCAGCUUCCAGGAACCAUUACACCGGAUCACUACAACCACUGGUCUAAACUUCUCAAAGGAUCGCAUAUGACCCAGGUCGUCAGUCGCAAGGGUACCUCCAUGUUCCAAAAUAUUGGUGCUUUCACCGAGGUUCGCAAGACCAUCGAGGUUCCCCCUACUGCUCUCGGAAACGUCACUGUCGCAACUGUCAUGCAGGCGGCUUGGGCCUUGACUCUCGCAAAGCUGUCUGCUCAGUCAGAUGUUGUUUUUGGCCUCACCAUCAGUGGUCGCAAUGCCACCGUGCCUGGAAUUGAGAAUACGGUCGGUCCAUGUGUUAAUGUUGUUCCUGUUCGUGUCAAUUUCGCCGAGAGGUGGACAGGCGUCGAGUUGUUCCGCUAUCUUCAGGAUCAACAGGUGUCCAACAUGCCAUUCGAGUCACUUGGCUUCCGCGAGAUCAUCAAGCAAUGCACUGACUGGCCUGCUUGGACAUAUUUCACCACCUCGGUGUUCCAUCAGAAUGUUGACUAUGAGGGAUCCCUGGAACUUGACAACAACAAGUACCGCAUGGGAGGCGCGGGAGUCAAUGACAACUUCGCUGAUCUGACUAUGGUUUCUCGCCCUGCUGACGACCGCAAUCUCAAUGUCACUCUCGGGUUCUCUGAGAAGGGCCCCAUCCUUCCUUCGUUUGCUGAAAGGGUGCUGGACAUGGUGUGUGAAACUGCGCAGUCCCUGAUCGCCAACCCUUCAACUUCCUUGCCAUCUCCCAACAUGUUGUGCUCCCUUCCACCCCAGGUGGUGGAUGAUCUGCCGCGCGCCUCGGACGAACAUUUCCUCAGCGCUCAUCUCAAGUCCCGUUCCAUUGCCGAGCUUCUAGUCCAUUCCGACAUCCUGUCGCGUUCCUGGCACCAGUGCCUGCCUAGUCGAACUCCCGUUCUGACAGAGGGAGAUGAAGAUGAGAAACCCAAGCAUAAACCAGCCUUCCAGCUCGACUCAUCCUUUUUCGAUCUUGGUGGUGAUAUCUUCAAUAUGGCACAACUCACCUGGCUUCUUGAGCAAGAAGGCCUUAAGGUCCGCUUGGAGGAUCUUCUCGAGCACCCAUCCUUCCUUGGCCAAAUGGCUGUCCUGGCUCUGCACAAUUCCAAGCACCAGGAGGACUUUGGUCCUGAAUAUGCCACCGGAGCAGCCUCGCCGAAGCCAUCUAUGCCUCAAGUCGAGAAGAAGAAGACAUGGGAGAAGGCCAUGACACUUGCGAGAAAGCUGACUCGUCGGAACAAUAUGGUUUCCAGCCGGGCCUGA